AUGCAUGUGACAUCACACGACGGGGCUGAGUACUUCUCUACGGUUCAAUCUCUGCUGCACCUUCAAGCCACAGUCUCCUCGCCAUCACGAUUGAGAGUACCCAUCGGCAUCUUUGGCAUCAGUGGAGCCUUUCACCUUCGGAACGAUGCGCAAGCUCAGACGCCGGCACUGCUUCCUUCGGCGACACCUACUCGAGAAGAUCCGAUCUUCACUUACGAGCGCUUCAGCUUCACCAGACUACUCGCAAGCGCAGUCACCGCUCUUCCGUCUGCCCGCCGAGCUCCGCCUCUAGAUCUACUCACUUCACCAGUCGACAUCAUCUCGAAAGUGUGGCAAUUACCAAAGCGGAGCCUCCAGAUUCACCCCGAAGCAGCCAUUCCUCAGCCUGCCAUCUCUUUGGUGAAAACAUGCCACCGCAUCCGCGACGAUUUAGGCGACCCCGUCAAUCUCUUCUUCGAGAGCACCGAGUUCAGCUUCACCACCCUCGACGUAGCCAAGCGAUACCUCUCGAGCGUCCCGACAAAGUACCGUGAGCUCGUUCGAGGCGUCAAGUUCAAAGUGUCGCGCAGAUACCUGCGGGUGAAAGACCACUACGGUAUGAACAAUGGCUGCAGGCACAUUGGCUGGCAUAUCGAUCCGAACAUCAGGCCCGGCACCUUCCUGAUCGAGUUCCCGCGCAUAGACUACCUCAUCUUCGACUUCUCUGCAAUGCCACGAGCGGAAAAGCCCCCCUUCCACUGGCGGCUAGGCCUGAUGCAUGCCGUGGAGUCGCGCCAGCGCGAAGUCGACCUCAAGAUGCGAGUCAGACACAUGGACCGCCGUCUUAGACUGUGGGAUAUCCCUUCACCUUUCCGGCUGGGCGAGGAUGUGGCAAAUUAUGUCCCAAUCAAGGAGAACUGGGCUGAAGUCAUGGCGAUCUGA